GCGGCUGAUUCUACGUACCAUUUUUGUUUGUCUCUCAUCUCCACCUCCGCCUCGCGAGAUCUUCAACUCCAAUGGCGCCCGCCUCCUUCUAAACCUAGCCCCAGCCCAGCCACCCAGUAGAAACCGGCGACCAUGUCGACCGAUAGGGAGAAGGAGCGGGAGGCGGAGCUGGAGGGCGCCAUGUACACCAACUGCCUCCUCCUCGGUCUCGAUCCAGUCGUCUUCGGCUCCCCCGCGGGCGCGGCCUCUCCUCGCGUCGGCCUCUUCCGCCACUCCAACCCUCGCCUCGGCGAACAGCUCCUCUACUUCCUCCUAUCCUCACUCCGCGGCCCCGCGCAGUCCGCCAAGGACUUCGACAAAGUGUGGCCGAUCUUUGAUUCCGCGCAGUCCAGGGAGUUUCGCAAGAUCGUACAAUGUAUCAUCAGCGAGCUGGAGCAGCAGGGAGCGCUGCCACGGAGCAACUCCAGGGUUUCGUCUCUCGCCACCUGCUGCGGGCCGAGAUUUGUUGAGCUUUUGUGGCAACUCUCUGUACAUGCCUUGAGGGAAGUCCAUAGGAGAACAUUUGCGGCUGAUGUAGCAUCAAAUCCACUGCCGGCAGCACUCACAGACGUUUCUUAUCUUCAUGCAGCUGCAUUACUUCCUGUAACGAAGGCAAGGAUUGCUCUUGAGAGGCGUAGAUUUCUGAAAAAUGCAAACAUUGCUGUUCAAAGGCAGACAACCUGGUCAAAUUUAGCCCAUGAAAUGACAGCUGAAUUCCGAAGUCUAUGUGCUGAAGAGGCAUAUCUGCAACAGGAGUUAGAGAAGCUCCAAGAUACGAGGAACAAAGCCAAGCUAGAGGGGGAACUGUGGGACGAACGUAUCUCAAGCUCAUCCGGACAGAAUUCACAUUUUGUAUCUAAGGCAACACGUUUGUGGGAAUCGAUAUUGGCUCGCAAAGGCCAGCAUGAGGUUUUAGCUUCCGGGCCAAUUGAAGAUCUUAUAGCGCACCGUGAGCAUAGGUACCGUAUAUCUGGAUCGCAAUUGCUAGCAGCAAUGGAUACGAGUUCAAGCGUUCCACCUUCCGAAUUACUAUCAGCUCGAGCUGGUGAAACGUCUCAAAUUUUGGACAAACAGGAGCAGAUUUCUUUAUUCCAGGGAAAGGAAGAAGCUCUUCCAAGAUUAGAUGAUAGGAAUGGGCGUGUCCAACAAACUGUUGACGUAGCUGAAAUUCUUCGACGUUGGACUCAUGCUUUGCAGCGUAUUCAUAAACAAUCUCUUCAUUUGGCCAAAGCAAAUGAUGGGGAGGGGCCCGAAUUACUCCGCAGUGCGUUUGACAGCGAAACUAGUAGCCAUGCCGACUCAUUAACUGCAACAUUGGCCGAACAUCGCCAGCAUUUAGUCAGUAUACAGGGCCUAAUUAAUCAACUCAAGGAAGCUAUUCCAGCAAUGCAGCAGUCAAUAACAGAACUUUCUGAAGAAGUGAAUAGUGUACCUAGUAAUUCGAUGGGUCAAACAAAUUCCAGACAAUUGUUGUCUGUCCAAAAUACCGUGCUUGGAAGACCAGAAGAAAGCAGCGGCGGAGUUUCAGAGAUGACUUCCAAGCUCUGUUCAACACAGAUCAGCAAGGCUGGGAGUAGUCCUGCUCUAAAGCUACCUCCUUUAUUUAGUCUGACUCCAAGUUCUUCUGGAAAAGGAACACAGAUACAAAGGCGGAAUGCCCUAGCACACCAUCCUAGCCAAGAAAUUAUGCCUGAAGAGAAAGCAGUUGUCCACCCCUCAACCAAAGAUCAAGCAAAUGGUUCAUUGCAUGAAAAUGAUGGUUAUUUUGCUCAUGACAUCAGGCGUUCUGUUCGUGAAGCUGCUCUAUCAAAGCCAUUGAGCAACAUGGAGAGUCCACAGGACAAGAGUUGCGACGAUGGUUCAGAGCACUUCUUCAUUCCCCUAUCGUCAAGUGCUGCAAGGAAGGAUGUGGGUACCGUGUCAAACCGAAGAAAACAAAAGAUAGGUCCGUCGUCACAGUCGAAGUUACCCAAGAGCACAAGCGAUCUUUACUUCAAUCCUGACAGCCCAAUGCAUACGACCCCAGCUGUGUCAAGUAAACUGAAUGGCCAUGACGAUCCAAGCAGCGCUGAAAACUUUUUUUAUCCAGUCAGUGGUCAGUCGUUUAUGACAGAUGAUGCUCUUGAUCAAGUAUUCUCCCCGCCACUUCUGCUGGAGUCUUCCUUGUUCCAUGACGCAUACGAGGACUUGCUUGCACCAUUAUCAGAAACUGAUGCAGCUUUGAUGGAACAUUAGGCUUCAGGUGUACACCAUGUAAUACUUUAACGGCUGCCUGAAGCUUCAGUGCUUAACUGCAGCCAGAGGUUCUGAUGGCUGUGCGGAGGGCACAUACGGGGUGAAUUCUUUUGCUGGUUGAGUUGCAUGCCAGUUGCCACCAGCUUGUGAGAGGGAUGCUUGUGCAUCCGAGGUUGGAUCUGGGGAGAAGGGCGGCAAGGGGUAGAUGUAUGGGAUAGUAGGAUGUACCGAUUGCCAGUAAAAACUUGUCGAUCUUAUGUAUUUAAGUACACAUGAUCUGUAUUUGUUUUGUACGUAGUAAUUUUAUCGGCUUAUUUAA